AUGGACCGUGGCGGGAGAAGACGGUGCGUGAGCGAGGGCACGGCUGUGCCCCACGCGUACCGGAUUGACAAUGGAACAACAACAAACCACCAUGAUCUCCAUCACCCACAGCCGCCAACCAGCACCGUCGGGACCGAAGGCGUCGCAGACCCGGGCAGCCCAAGCACCUUCGUCGUCCCCGUCAGUACGUCGGCUUCGACCACCACCACCACCACCCCAUAUGGCUCUGCAACGACGUCACAAUCAAGCACCACGCCGCACCACCACCACCAACAACAACAGACAUACCAACAGCAACAGCAACAACAACAGCAACACCAGGCUGGUGUGCCCGAGCGUGAACGCCAAGGGUCCGCGUACAAGCUGCUGCAGCACCUGUUUGACGUGUGGAGGCCACGAGGCAGCCAAACCCCACCUCCGUCCUCUUCACCGUCGUCGUCCACAACAGCGAGUCCCGCAUCUGCUGCCGACCAACGCAAUGGCAGCAGUGGCAGCGGUGCUGACGACCACGCCAAUGACGCCGCCGAUGAUGACGACGACACGGGAUACGGUAGCCGGUCAGGCCGCACGCGGUCGUACACCAUUGGUCCCUCCAACCCUGCGAGGACAUCGUCGACACCCGUGCUGUCUCGGCAAGAGCUGCUCGACCUGCUCUCUCCCACGAAGAAGCCGCCGCCGCCAUCAUCCACACAGGCCACCCGGUCAUCGUCGUCGCCAGUCAUACAGCCUCCGUCGCACCCAGGAGGAACAACGGCACAAACACCGCCCUCAGCCACCAGUGGCUCUGGUUCGCUGCCCACAACACCCCAUGCUGUCCCACAUGCCGAUACAACCACUGCAGCAACCACGGCUGCAGCGACAGGCAAGAUGGAGGCUGGCCCGCCCCAGUCGACGUCGGCGCCAGCAACGACCCCGACCACACCCGCCCGCGGGAAGAAGCGCAAUGUUGUGGAGGAGGAUGCGAGAACCGUGCUCUCUUGGUCAGGCCUUGACCUCGGCUAA